AGCAAGUCAAGCAAGGAGCACUAAGAAGUCUUUGGCCCCUUUUGGACUCCAGUCGUCUCCUCCAUAGCUUGGAAAAAGAAACAACCAAAGAUUUUAAACUGGUCAUUCCUUGUUUGACCCGAUCAUACCCAAAAAAAAAAAAAAAAACCUUUGGUUCACGCUCUUUUAACACAUAUCUCACUUAAUUUUUUUUCUUUAAAGCAUUUAAUUUUGUGUUUUCAAUUAUGCUUUCGAAUAAUUAACCCAUGAUGUAGACUUUCCUUUGUCUUUCUCUUGUUUCCUUUAUGAACUAUUAGGGUUUUUCUCUCCUAGUUUCUCUGUGGAAAAGAAGGAUGCUUCCUUCUAGUUUCAAAUACCCUUUUGCCUUGUCUUUUAUAUUCAGAAAUCUGAGGUGGGUCUUUGAAUUUUUGUUUCAAAGUUUCAUUUUUUUUUAUCCUUUUCUAGGUUUUGUUGAUAUUCUCAUAUAUCAAUCAGAAUCUAAUCGCAGCUGGGCCGCUUAAGUUUCUCUGCGUAAAGCUUCUAUCUUUCGUGUUAAUCAUUGUGAUUUUGGUGGUUUAUCACCUCAAGUUUAAUGUUAGGAGAAGUAUGGUUUAGCGGAUUUGGCAUUUAAUCUCUGUCAACUGUUGUUAGCUAUACAAGUGGGUUUCUGUAAUCCACCAUUUCAGUUUCGAUUUGAGGGGUUUCUUCAUAAUCAUGGUGUUGCAUAGCCGAGUUUUUGCUGUCCUUGUCAGUGUUUUCCUAUGGUUAUUGCUUGGCCGUAGUUUGAGCUAUGCUUCUCUAGAUGAUAUCAAUUGUUUGAAGAGCAUCAAAGAUUCGCUUAAGGACCCCUUUAAUUAUUUAAGUUCUUCAUGGGAUUUCAACAACAAUACUGAAGGGUUUAUUUGUAGAUUUAUGGGGGUUGACUGUUGGCACCCUGAUGAGAAUAGGGUUCUGAAUAUCAAGCUUUCAGAUAUGGAACUCAAGGGUGAGUUUCCUGCAGGAAUCAUAAAAUGCAAAAGUUUGACAGGCUUAGAUCUUUCAAGCAACAAACUCUAUGGAAGUAUUCCAUCUAAUAUCUCUGAACUUCUCCCGUUUGUCACUUCCCUUGAUCUCUCUUCUAAUAAUUUCUCUGGAGAUAUCCCAAAAGGCCUCGCAAAUUGUAGCUUCUUAAACAUUUUGAAACUUGACCAUAACAAAUUGACGGGUCAGAUUCCUGCAGAACUCGGUUUGCUCAGUAGGAUGAAAACGUUUAGCAUAGCUAAUAAUCUCUUGAGAGGGCCAAUUCCAAUUUUUCGGUUUUCAUUAUCAGCAGAUAGUUUUGCAAAUAAUCCAGGACUGUGUGGGAAGCCUUUGGAUCCAUGUCAGUCGACUUCAAAGGGCGGUAAAACUGUAGUUAUUGCUGGAGCUGCUGCUGGUGGGGUGACAGUUGCUGCUAUAGGUGUGGGUAUUGGAAUGCUCGUCUAUUUCCGCAAAGUAUCUGUCAAGAGGAAGAAGGAUGAUGAUCCAGAAGGAAACAAAUGGGCAAAGAGCUUAAAGGGAGCUAAAGUCAUUAAGGUUUCCGUGUUUGAAAAGUCAGUUUCCAAAAUGAGAUUAAAUGAUCUUUUGAAGGCCACUAAUAGUUUCAGCAAAAAUAAUAUCAUCGGGUCAGGAAGAACAGGGACUAUGUACAAAGGAGUCCUAGAAGAUGGCACCUCACUAAUGAUUAAGAGGUUACAGGAUUCUCAACACUCUGACAAAGAAUUUUCAUAUGAGAUGGCUACUCUGGGAAGUGUGAAACAUCGUAACUUGGUUCCCCUUUUAGGUUUCUGUGUGGCGAAGAAGGAGAGGCUUUUAGUUUACAAAUACAUGGCAAAUGGUAGUCUGAAUGAUAAUUUGCAUCUUGUGGAUGAUGCUAAAAAGCCUAUGGAGUGGUCCUUAAGGCUUAAAAUCAGUAUAGGGGCUGCUAGAGGAUUUGCAUGGCUCCACCACAACUGCAAUCCUUGUAUAAUUCAUAGAAAUGUAAGCUCUAGGUGCAUCUUACUAGAUGCAGAUUUUGAGCCCAAAAUAUCUGAUUUUGGUCUUGCUAGGCUCAUGAACCCAAUUGAUACACAUCUGAGCACCUUCGUGAAUGGUGAGUUUGGGGAUUUGGGUUAUGUUGCCCCUGAAUAUACGAGAACGCUGGUCGCCACUCCAAAAGGAGAUGUCUACAGCUUUGGAAUUGUACUUCUCGAGUUGGUGACUGGUGAGAGACCUACCUAUGUAGCCAAAGCGCCUGAGAGCUUCAAGGGGAAUCUGGUAGAAUGGAUUACACAACUAUCAAAUGAUGGCAAACUUCAUGAUGCUAUUGACACAUCCUUGGUUGGGAAGGGUGUUGAUAAUGAACUUUUCCAAUUUCUUAAAGUUGCAUGUAAUUGUGUAUUGCCACCUGCCAAGGAGAGGCCUACCAUGUUUGAAGUAUACCAGCUUUUAAGAGCUAUUGGGGAGCGAUACCAUUUUAUCACUGAGGAUGAAAUUUUGAUGCCUUCAGAUACUGGUGAUACUGAUUAUUUGGAGGAACUUAUUGUUGCACGAUAAGUCAGGAGAAUAAUUGAAGAGGUAUGAGAUUUGGUGAGUAGUUCAUCAUGGCAGAGUGCAUGUGUAUUUGUUCUUGUGCAUGUUUAAAUAAAGGUUGAGAUUACAUGUACUUCUGAUGCUUUACUUACCAUUUUCAACUUUCUACAUUUCGUACUCACUAUAAUGGCAUCAAUUAUAGCUUUUAGGCAUCUAUGUUAGGUCUUUUGUGUCUUUUAUUUCAUAUUAGAAUCCUUGAUUAGUGUCCUGGAGGUCUUCUCCUGAGGCUUUCUCCCUAAAUUAUUGUGUAUGUAGAAUGAUUAGAUUCACACCAAGCAAAUGGUACAUGUAAUGCAAGUUAGAUCAAUCUAUAACGGUGGGAUUUCUGUUUUUCAUAUUCGCUAAUGUGAUCUUAUAUCCGGCUGAGUGCUUUCUCCAUCUAUCUGUGUACAAAAUGAUAAGAUUUACAUCAAGUGACUGCUUUAGGCAACAUAAGCUAGACAACUUACAAUUGUGGGACUUUUAAGUCUUUUCCCUGUCUUGCUUUUAAUUGAUGAACUGUGUGCGUCACUGCUGUUCCUGUUGCAUAUUAAUCUUUAAUUUGGCACACAACACUAAUAACACAAUUCUCUCGUGCACUGUUGAGAAUUUAUGUGCACCUGCAUGAAUGCCAGCAUGCAAGUAGCACUGUUCAGGCUACAGUGAGAGUUAAAAUUGAAUAACUACCAAAAUAAAACUUCUAGAUGUAUGCAUGUUUUCUUGAUGAUACUACUGUAUUUACAACAACCUUCUGCUUUUCCAUUUUACUUGAGUAAAUUGCAUCAGACAACCAUCACCUUUGUGCAAUAUUUCUUUUUAAUCUUCAAUCUUUAAAACAUUUUUUUGAAUCGGUGACCAUUUAAAAAUGCUCCAAAUUCAUCCCUUCCACCAACUGCCAUUAAAAACCGACAGAACUUUCCACCUCAACACCCCAUGGCUGUGCAUAUAGAAGUCCAUGUGGCAAAAAUAGGUCUGUCAAUGUCCUUGCGGCAAAAAAGGUAUGCUAGUUUGACUUUUUGGGCUGGGCUUUACGCCACAUGAACUUUCACAUGAUUCUCAGGUGGCAUAUUCCAAUGAUUUUUUAUGAUGAUUCAAGGAGUGAUUGGUUUGGAACAUUUUUAAAAGGUCAUGUAUCCAAAAAUUUAGUUUUAAAGGUUGCAUAUGAAAUGUACACAAAAAUCACAAAUGAUCGGUGCAAUUUACUCAUUUUAGUUAGUAACUUUAGCUAUUAUAGUUAUAUUUCUUUGUUUUGUGGAGAGCUAUAAAAGUACGUGUACUGCUGUAUGGCUAUAAUGUUUUAGUUUUCUCUUAUUGGAGGCUCGAUCCCCUUAGUGUUCAACAUUUUUUGUCUUGAUUUUCUCUUCUAAAUAUGUCUGUACCGUAUCACUCACCUUCUGCAUUUUUGGCUUCAGUUUGAGUGCAUAUGUAACUAAAAACACACAGGAAGACACGGGUAUAUUAUACACUACUAGAUUUGGUAUGAAUCUUACUACAUGGGUUUCUUGCCUUCUUGUCUCCACCCAUAAUUAAUCCAUAAUCCGCUGAUAAAUGGUGAUGUCAAAUUCAAUCGGAUAUGCGCUGGUUAGGUUUGAUCAAGAUAUUUUGCCUUAUUCUAGUACUCUUAUUAAACAGAAAGAGCAAAAUGGUUUAGUUCUUCAAUCAUGAAAGUAGAUUUCUGCUGCUUCUUCCUUGUAUAGUUCUUGCUUCUCAAGAAUGACUAACCUUUUUUCUUGUUCUGGUAAUUUUAGGAGUCCUAAGUCUCAUUGCCACUCUUUUUGUGGCAUAAAUUGCUUGGCUUAUUUCCAUUUAUUUAAUACUUAACAGUGUCAUGUAUGCCAUUUUUCCUUUAACGAUUGACUUCAAAAUUAUUCAGAAGAAAUCACAAGAUAGUAAAGGUAUUAAUUUUAAAACCUUAUGAGGUAAACUAAUGGAUGGAUGGUUCUAGUGACAAAGGAAGUGUUUUCUCUUUUUUGUUGUCCGAGUUUGAAUCUGUCGAGGAAUUGUAGAAAGAUAAUUUUUAAUGAAUUAAUUGGAUCUAGCGUAUAUAAGUUUGCUUGGACCGUAGUUUUUUUUUUUUUUUUUUGUAAUUUGCCCUUCUCUUAUUAAAUAUUUGAGUUAAAUUUCCUCUGCACUAGGGGUUGUUUGUCAAUCGCCACACAGCAAACUGUUCAGCAUCCAUCAUACCACGAUCUUUGUUUUUUUGUAAAAUUUGAGGACUUUGUUUCAACUACAUUCGACUCCCAGGUAAAAAGCACAUGCACAAUCAUUUGCAGAGGUCUUGGAUUCAGUUAAAAAAAAAAAAAAAUCAAA